CAUUUCUCCAACUCAACUUGAACCUCACAUUAAACAUCGUUUCUCUUCCUUUCUAUCAUUACAGCAUGUCUUCCAUCUCUGAGGAGGAAAGGGCGUUGCAACUCGCGCAGGCCGCGAGUGAGAGCCUCGCAUCUGGUGAUUUAGCGGCAGCGGCAAUGAAGCUACGUGAAGCUACGAGCAUCGCACCAGAAAACGCCCAAAUCAAAGAAGUCUGGGAAAAGUUGAGGCAAGAGGAGGACAGGAGCGAGUUUCUGGCGAUCUGCAAAGCCUGGGUGCAAAGCAAGGAUGAAGCUGAUGGCGAACGCGCGCUAAAGUCAAUGAAAGAGCGACCCUUAAAACAAAAAGAGGCGGAACAAGCAAUGCAAAUUCUCAACGACUUCAAAGACGAAGACGACGUUCUGGAUCAAGUUACCGGCGAGCUCCUAAAGAACGUCGGUGCGCAGACGUGGCUCGCACAGGCUGUGCGAGAGCGGCCUACACGGAGCUACUACGAACUGUUUCCACGUGGAGAUGAUUCUAUCGACGGACUGCUCAAAGUUCUGCUCAACCGCAGCCUCUGGCCUGACGAUGACGCCUUCAAGAACAGCCACAGAGACGUGUUCCAGCUCAGUCUUGCCAUGCUUAUGGAGGAGGCACUUGACCAUCCGGAACGCGCUAUGAGAGGUGUCGCGCAGCUACUAGCUCAUCAUGCAAACCAUCUCGAGAAUAUCAUCGAUGCCGACAGCUUUAACGUCAUCCUCUCUUCUCUUGACAUUCGACUACCGAAAACUCUUCGCGACCAAGCUACACUCGCCAGCAUCAAAUUGUUUGAACUCAGCCCGGACACCGCGAAAAAGUUGAUAUCGAAGUUUGUUACUGAGCGUGCGGAAAAAGGCGAUGCGGACAAUUUGAUCAUUGCGUUCUCAGCAGCCGCGGCCAUCUUUCCUAUCGCAGUCGAGGCAGCGGCCGCCCUCUUUCUCACGGAUGGCUUCGUUAGCACGCUGGUCCCUGUGGUGGAAAAGAAGAAAUCCCAUAAGCUGGUACAGGUGACAUUAGAGCUGAUCAGUGCGGCUUGUGUAGACAAGAAGUGUCGAGAAGCCAUCAACCGGCACUGCAGGGACUGGUUAGAUAUGGUCGCGGACAGCCCUGACAAAGGACGUGCUAAUCUCGCCGCGCUUAUUCUUGUCAAGCUGGGUGAUGAAGAGCCUCCUUCCUCGGAGAAUCCUCAGGUUGCUACCCCUGCGAAGUUCGACCAAAGUGACUUGAUUGCUAAGUUCAAAUCGAUGGUCAUCAGUUCCGAUGCUGGCAACACACAAGACUCCAUUGAAGGCCUGGCCUAUGCGUCCCUCCAGGCGAAGUUCCGCGAAGGCCUCUCAGAAGAUUCCCAGUUUCUCAAACGACUUAUGCUGAUAAUGGGCGAUCCAGAUACACCAGGAAAUAUCAUCUUUGGCGGGCUCACCAUCUUCGCCAAUAUCACAGCAUUCCUCCCCAUCCAAUCCGAUGAAGAGAAGAGAAUGGCGCAACUCAAAGCCUACGCCAACGUCCAGAAGCCUUCAGCUCCCGAUGAUCUCCUCGACGAUAAUCACGCUACCGCGAGGUGUAAGCGACUCGUCGAGGCUGGUGUCGUGCCAUUGUUAGCACAACUCUGCAAGAAGCGCACAGCAAAUGUACUAUCACAAAGCAGUCAGAUCCUCUUGAACCUCAGCAGAGACAAGACGAGCCGAGUGUUGAUAGUACAACAAGGAGCCAUCAGGCUGCUCAUCGUCAUGUGGGAACACAUGGCCUCGGCCAUCGCUUCAUCGAAAACAGGCACAACGCCCUUCUCGCCUACCGCCCCACCAGCAGCCGCACAAGCGCUUUCCCGCCUCCUCAUCAGUGUUGAUCCCAGACUUACCUUCAGCGCCGCGCUACCACCCACAACCGCCGUUCGCCCUCUCCAAAGCCAGCUUUCACGCACCGAGUCGUCCGCAUGGCAGCUCUAUGCUUUUGAAGCCCUCCUUGCCCUCACCAAUCUUGCAACUCUGGACGAAACAACGCAAACCCACAUCAUCCGCGCCGCCUUCGACAGAAUAGUCGACGACCUACUGCUGAGCAACAAUACCAUGUUGCAACGCGCGGCCACGCAACUAGUCUGCAACCUCAUGGGCUCGCCAUACUGCGUGGAGAAGUUCGCCGACGGCUCACCCCGGGCAAAGCACCGCUUACACCUUCUCCUCGCCAUGACCGACGUCGAAGACACAGCGACCCGAAGUGCAGCUGGCGGUGCAUUGGCUACGCUCUUGUCUUGCGGUGAGAUCACUGUCAUGCCGUUCUUACAGCAGGAGAAAGGUGUAGACUUCUUAAUCGGCUUGUGCCAGGACGACGAAGACGAACUUCAGCACAGAGGAGUCGUGUGCUUGCAGAGUGUGGGCGAGGUCCCGGCGGGGCUGGAGGUCGUGAAGAGGAAAGGGGGAGUAGGGGCCGUGAUGGAUGUACAGAAUGCGACGAACAACCGGGUUGUUAUAGAUGCUUGUAAGGACGCACUUGCCGUGUUGAAGCCUCAGUAG